AUGGAAUUACUAUGGAGUGUAAUGAUGAAGCAAGUAGUAGAAAAAUUUUCUAAUUUUUGGUUUGCUCAAAGUUUGAGCGAAUGUGUGAGGAAUUGCAUGACAUCAAAGUAUGAGAUAGAUGGGAGGACAGCUACACUGUAUGUGAUCCUUGGGUGUGUGUCCCUAUGGAUUUGGUAUAUCAUAAAGAGAAAGAGAAGGCCCAUCGGGCCCAGGCCCAGGCCCAGGCCCACAAACGAUGAUGACGUAAGGAGCUACUUGGCUGCGGAUAUUGUACAUAGUGGAGCGCUAGCACGGCAGAGAUUGGAGGAUUUCAAAGCGGCUAAAGCGAAUCCAGAAACACUUGACAAAGCUGAGAAGCUUCUAGAGACUUUACUUGAACGAGAACAUCCCGAUUUAGUCAUGCUUCAGAAAACGGUGGCGAAGCUGGAAAUGAGUGGCAGAGAAGAUUCGGCAGUGGAAAUACUUACAAGAGCAAUCAAAGGAGCGAAUGAUGUAAAUAAAUCACACGAAGCUUACGAGUUCGAAAUGCUACUGGUUGAAAUGCUGAUUUACAAGGGGAAGUUUGAAGAGGCCUUGAAAUGUACGUGCUUGGAAGAUGAGUUUCUUAAAGAUGCACGGCGCCCACUAUACAAGGCAAUGAUACAGGAAAUGCUGGGCAAAAGGGAUGACGCUCUAGCCUCUUGGGACCAAUACGUUCAAGUAAUUGACCCUCAUGUGCAUUUUGAUCUACUAUAUGUCCCACGUUUUCUGGAGGCUUCACCCUCUCAAGAUUUCGACGACUUUCAACAAAAAGUCAAACGACUUCACCACGCCAUAAUCAAAUCCCACCAUUACCCUAAAUAAUCUGCACUACAAACAUUUCACCUACUAUAUAUGCUUUAUUAUGUAAACUCUAAAUCAAUCUGUAUUAAUAUCAAAGUGCUGUAUUUAUUUAUUUUAAUAAAAUACUACAUACAUAUAUUUUCAUGCGUUCAA